AGCUGUGUUCGACAGGAGUUCUUCUGUCCUUCGCCACUCCAUAGGAGUUGGCAAGGUUUUUGUGGCCUGAGCCGCCACAUUGAUUUUCAGAUCCGACAGGACUUAGUUUUGAUUUCCGAGCAGUACUGCCCAUGCCCUGUGUCGCUGGCUGUGCCCAACAUGGAAAGACCUCGCUACAAACGCCACUCGAGCGUUAUGCCACCUCAUUGGGUGACUCUGAGAAAGGUUCGGAAAGCUCAGUUGAUCACUUCUUUCCAAUGUACACCCUUCCAGUAGCAACCUUGAUGAAGAUGGAUAAGAUCAAACCACAUGAAGAGCUGCUCGCAGGUGGGGAGCUCACCAUUUUCCAGAAGAGCCUUGGAAAGGCCGCGUUUGUGUCCCAUCAGUGGAUUGGCAAAGGACAUCCAGAUCCCGAGUUCAAGCAGAUGCAAGUCUUGCAGGACUCGCUGCAGAAUCUGAUCUCCGGCACCUCUGAGGUGAACGUAGACCUGGUGACCGAGGCUGUGUACUUCCGCUCCAAGGGGAUCAAUGCCUCGGAGUGGCAAGCGCAAAAUCUCUACUUGUGGUACGACUACUUCUCGUGCCCACAAGCUGCACAUGUAAGUGAGCAGGGCCUACAGAAGGCGAUCAGCAGCAUCCCAUCAUAUGUCUCCAGGUGCGACUUCUUCGUGGCACUUUGCCCGGUGCUGUCCAAUCCAGAGGAGACCGAGACCUUCAGCGAGCACAGUUGGGCCCACCGGGGCUGGUGCCGAGUGGAGCGCGUGGUCUAUGAGCUCACCUUCAACCAAGGAUCUUGGAUUAUGGUGAAGAGUGCAAUGCACCAGGAGUUGCGCGUAGCCCCCUUGUCGAACUGUUCGCCGGGAGAGGGGUCCUUCACGGUGGAGAGCGACCGCGAUCGCAUCGGAGUGGUCUUGGCCAAGUUUGUGAAGAAGAAGUUGCUCUCUUGCUUGGAGAACAUGAAUUUGCCCCACUACCGCUUCCUUUUGAACCAGCAAACCUCCAUUUUGAGAGGCUUGCCCGUGAAGCCCAUCGAGGAUGUGGUCCCCGGCUUCGAAGGGGAGGAUGUUUUGGAGCGAUUUAUGUAUCAGAAUGGAUUCCAGAACCCCUUCGACUAUGACAGUGCUGGCUGGUCUCCCAUGUGCUAUGCCUGCAUGAAGGGCGACGUCCCCUUGGUGGCCGCCUUGCUGAAGCAACGCAUCGACCCCAAUGAAAAGAUCAAGAAGGCGCGUGCCGAGAUCAACUUGGACAAAGGCUGCUCACUGAUCCACAUUUGCGCCAGGUUCAAGAACCAUGAAGCCAUGCAGCUGCUCUUCGCGGCCAAUGCUGCAGUGAGUACUCAAGCGAUCCCACAUUUUCCAGUGGGCGUGGCCGCUCUGGAAAACGACCCCAUUGGGAUCCGGCUGCUGUGUAGCGUCUCUGCAGACCCAAGGAAAAAGAACCGCUUUGGAGACCAUGCCCUGCACAUGGCGAUCGCCGCUGGGGCCGAGGAUGCUACACAGGCGUUUUUGAGUGAAGCCGAGUCCUUUGAUCUCUCCCGGACCUUGCACACGGCCGCCAUGUUCCAGGGCACCGCCGUGCUGGUGCGGCGCCUCAUCGAGGCCAGCGCUGAUGUGGACGAACCCUACUUGGCCAACAACGUGAUCCGGAUGCUUCACACGGUGAAAGGCAUUCAGUACACCUGGGGCCGUCGCACCAUGCUGCGCCGCGUGGGCUACCACAGCCGCCAUGCCACACCGCUCAUGAUAGCGAUCCUGUGUGGCAACUUUGAGGCGGCUUCGAGCUUGCUGGUGGAGGGCGCCAAUGUGAAUCUCCGGAACGCCCGAGGCAAGACUGCCAAGGAUUUGGCCAAUGAACUGCGGGUGCCGGACUAUCUUCUGCAGGCCAUGGAUGGAGCAAUAGAGAAGUGCAUCUCUAUUGCCGGCAGUCCCGACAGCCCCAGCAUGAUGAUGGCACCUUCAAUGUCCAGACAAUCCUCGUCGUCAUCGACAUUUGCCAUCUGAGCUGAUCGAAGAAAGCAUUGCCUCACCUGAACUACGUACUCAUUUGGUUGACAAAAGCGUUGGGCGAGACGCAAUGAUUCUCUGACUGGCCAGCGGACCAUCCGUAUGGCUGAUCCUUUGAUGGUCUUGGAUCCAAGCUGCAACGCGGGACCAGACAACCAUGGGUUUUCGACAAAACCAGGUCAACCUUUCUGUUACAUGGCCUUUGGAAGGCCAGGCUUGAUGUCUUUGGAAGGCUCCGCAGGCAAUCUUCUGAAUUCGGUGCCCCAGACUCCCAUGACUCCUGGACACCCUCAGUGCUGCGACUGAAGAGGUCCAAGGAGUGAUGGGCGAACACGGACAGCGAGGUGGAGAGACGUGGCAAAACUUGUAGAAUGAUAC